AUGCGUUUUUUAAUUUUAAUAUCUCUUUUACUUAUUGGUAUUACAUUAGCUGAACAUCAUACUGAUCCAUUAUCUGAUAAAGAACAUGGACAUGGAAGUGAACAUAAUAAACAAUAUGAUCAUGAAGCUUUCUUAGGUAAGGAUACUGCUGCUGAAUUUGAUGAAUUAACACCUGAAAAAUCUAAAGAAAAACUUGCUUUACUUAUUCCAAAAAUGGAUAGUAAUGGUGAUGGAUUUGUUGAAGAGGAUGAACUUAGAAAUCAUAUUAAUUUUAUGCAACAAAGAUAUGUUAAUAAUGAUGUUGAACGUACAUGGAAAAAUUAUAAAGCUGAAAAGAUAGCUGAUGGUAAAUUGUCAUGGGCUGAUUAUAGAGAAAUUGUUUAUGGACAUCCAACAGGUGAAGGACAAGAUUUAUCUGAUGAGUAUAAAAAAAUGAUUGCUAGAGAUGAACGUAGAUGGAAAGUUGCUGAUUAUGAUUCAGAUGAAAAAUUAGAUAGAACUGAGUAUGGAUGUUUUAUGCACCCUGAAGAUUGUGAAUCAAUGAGAGAUGUCGUUGUUACAGAAACUAUUGAAGAUAUUGAUAAAAAUAAGGAUGGAUUUGUUGAUAUUAAUGAAUAUAUUAGUGAUAUGUAUAGACCAGAAGAUUAUCCUGAAUUAAAUGGUAAAGAACCAGAAUGGGUUGAAUCUGAAAGAGAACUUUUCAAAGAACAUCGUGAUAAGAAUAAUGAUGGUAAAUUAGAUCGUGAUGAGAUGCGUGAUUGGAUUAUGCCAAUUGGUUUUGAUCAUGCUGAUGCUGAGGCAAAACAUUUAAUUGGAAUUGCUGAUGAAAAUAAGGAUGGAAAACUUUCACCAGAAGAGAUUAUCCAACAUUAUGAUACAUUUGUUGGAUCACAAGCAACUGAUUAUGGUGAGCAACUUCAAAAACAUGAUCCAUCUGAAUUAUAA